AUGGGCUCAGCAGCACGAGUGCAGUAUGAGCUCGAGAGGACACUGCCUUCGCUGCAGCUGUGCGACGAGCGAGGCAUCUUCUCCAAGGAUCAAGAGAUUCGACAGAUCACGCACCGUCGCUCGCAGUUCGAGCAGACGCUCGUUCGCAGGCACGUCCGGCCAGACGACUUCGUAAGAUACUUUGAGUACGAGAGCAAGCUCGAUCAGCUCCUGCACUUGCGUAUCGCCAAAGUCGAUCUCUCUCCAAAAGAAUCGGCACAGCUUCGACGUGACAGCUCUGCACACAUCGUCUCCAUCUUCGAGCGCGGCGUGAAGAAGUGUCGAUACGAUGUCGAUCUUUGGCAGCGUUACAUCAAGUGGGCCUCGGAAAAGGGCAUGCGGGUCGUUGUUGGCCGCAUCACCGCUAGAGCCAUUGCGCUCCAUCCUACAAAGAUCGAGCUCUGGUUGAGCGCGGCCAAUUACGAGCUCAACGUGAAUCACAAUGUUGCUGGAGCUCGCGCGUUGCUCCAACGCGCUCUGAGGGCAAACGCCAUCCCUCAUCGUCCUGUUCGAGCUGAGCCGCCUAUCGCACCACCGCCAGCAAAGAGGCUUAAAGGAAAAGGAAAAGGGAAAGCAAAGGCGGUAUCCGACGAAAGUGAAGAGGAUAAUCUCGAAGGCGAGCGAGCUACUCUGAAGCUCUCGGACAAGGAAAAGGAACUUGUCCACCUCUGGGUCGAAUACGUCCGCAUGGAGCUUGUGUUCCUUGAGCGUGUACGCAGGAGACGUUUCGUCCUCGGUAACAAGGACGACGACAACGAUGCUUUGCGAGAGGCGCAGAGACUUGAAGAGGCCGUGUCCACAAGUAAACCCGCUGCCGAAGAGGAUGAGGACGUCGCGAAGGGCGUCCCCGAGAGCGACGAAGGAGUUGAGUCGGGACCUCAGGAAGGCGAACACGCUCAAGUGACUGAAGCUCCGAAAGACUCGUUGUCCGUCUUCGGUGGAGGCAUCGUCGCAAUGAUCCUCAAGAGCGCCACGGACAUCAACUCGUCAGCAUCUUUGCCCCCGCAGACGCACUUUGGCUUCAUCCUGGCUUUCAUCAAGCUCAUUCGUAGCUUUCCGUUUUACAAAGGUCAGAAGGUCGCUUCGAGCUUGCUGGAGCGAGCGUGCGACACGCUGCAAGCUCGUUAUCCCUCGGACGCGGCCGUCAUGGCUUUUAUCGCUGGUCGUUUUGUGGUCGAGGGCGACAUGAGCAUCGACGAAGAUCUCGAGUCGAAAAUAUUCAAGAAGCGAAGCAGGCUCUGUGAUCCCUCGAGCGGACCGACCAAGAACUGCUUUGCCGAGUCCACUGAAGCAAUUGCUGACUGGAAACGGUAUGACAGAGAUCGAGAGGACGGCGAAGCCCUCAAUAGAGAACGGGUGAUGGCCUAUGUGUUGAGUAACGUCGCUCGCGGCUUGAGUAUACCCUCCCUGCGAGCUCCAGGAAGCGAUGGUAGAGUUGCGCCCCAACGCAUCAGUGAUGCCAUUGAUGCUCUUUCUACCCUCAACAACAGCGAGAAGGUGCCUCAAUCUGCGCACUAUGCUGCUCAGCUCCUAUUGAUCGCCAAGCUUCACCGCACCAUACGGGGCAAAAAGCUCGAAGAGCUCGAAAAUUAUCUUCUAGCGGCUUUCAACAAAUGCUUCAAGGCUGCGGAAAAGGCAAAGAAGGCGGACGCCGAUGUCAUGGCCGCCUACUUGAGCAACGAGUUUUUAAGACUUCAAGAGGAAUACAGGGAGAGCGACGCCUUUUUUGAUCGAAAGAGAAAAGAGAAGGCUAUCAAAGGCCUUACCGCACUCUACAAGCGAGCGGCUACCGCCAUCGAAACGUUCGAAACGGUUGACACGCUGGGCAACUAUAAUGACGCGCUCCUGGACAUCCUUUUGAGCAGGAUACAAGCCAACAUGCUCGUGGCGGAGGCCGUCAGUGCUGUCCCCGAAGGCGAAGUAGGCACUUGGGUGAUAGUGAGGAAGGCGCCAGAAGAGAUCGAUCUCGAGAACGCUUGGGCGGGCUAUCUGGAAGGCGAUAGGACCGGUGACGAAUUUUUCAACAACCUACUCUGGGAAAAGUGGUGCUACUAUCAUACGAAGGAUCCUGUAGGUUCGUCAGGCGGCUACUACAGAUCCUACUCACCAGAAGCGCGGAAAGAUCUGGCGAAAGCCAUGAAGACGACGAUGAAGAUGCCAAUGCACCACCACUCGGUUCUUCUGUAUUUCUUCUGGUGCCUUGUCGUUCACAAACCUGUCGACUUGCUUUACCCUUUCAACGGCGGCCUCUACAUGUCGACGGGCGACGAAGAGGACAUAAGCGGGCGCGAGAGAGCCGCCAACGGCGGACGAGCUUUGAAGGCUCUCAAGCACAUCGUGGAAAAGGCGAACGCGACAGUCAAAUUCUACCGGUGGGCUAUCAAUGUCACCUUGAAUGAGCUCAGACGUCCGGUGGUUCCCAGUGACGCGGUCGGAGCAGGACAAGACGCUGACAGGAUCACCAAGGGCACUCUCAACAAGGUCGUUGAGGUCCUUUUUGAACGUGUGGAGAGCCUGACGCGAAACGCAGAUUCGGCAACCCUAGACGAGCACCACGUUGAUGACGUCAAGCAGAAGCUCGUUUACUUCGCCGUGAUUAAGAAGGAUGUCGCCGAGGCGACAAAGGUCUUCAGUGGGGCAUUGGCGAAGUUCAGCAGUGCCAACAAGCCGGAGCUGAGGGCGUCGCUCGAGCAACAGUGGAAGCGUAUCACAGACAUGUUGGCAAAGGGGGACGACGACGAAGAGGAGGGGGAGGAGGAGGAGGAGGAAGAAGAAGAAGAAGAAGAAGAAGAGGGAGACGAGGACGAAAAUGAAAACGAAGACGAAGGCGAAGAUGGAGACGAAGAAGAGGAUAUGGACGAGGACAAGGAGAAUCAGAUCAUUGCAGGUCAUGACUUUGACGAAGUGGCUUCUGACUCGGGAUCUGAUGCGGCCGAGGGAGAGAAGUGA